UGCAGAUGAUGAGUAACGAGCAAGAUUCGUCUCUGAUGAAUAGCACUUUAUCUUCCCAGAACUCAGAUAACGGGGGCGAGGAAUACGACAGCCAACAGUCCAGCCUUACCUGCAUGCUGUUUAACACGAGCGAUUACAUCAUGGACUCCGGCUCGACGCUGUUGCCAGUGCAGAUCAAAAAUCGAGAGACAACUAUCGCAGAAAAAAAUUGUUUCAUUGGUGUAAACUUGUAAUGCACAAAAUGUAUCAGUAUCUCAGAAGGGUUUGUCUUGCUACACAUGCCAGAUAGUAUAUUUUUAACCGCGUUCUAUUCCCUUAGCAGCCUUGCCUGGGAAAUUUUCGUUGUCAUGUAGAACAAACCUGUGAUGCAAAACUUGCAAAACAAUGAAACACUUUUUUCUUGCGACAACAACCGAAGAGCAACUGAAAGUUGCGAAGCAGUCUGUCAUCGUGCAGCAAGUCAUGGCGGCCGCGUGCUCUUCGACGCAGCUGAUGCAGCAAUUAGUAUCGGG